GGUCUUUUGGGCUUCGCAAAGGCAUCCCUCUUCGGAACCCCCCGACAACUCUUCUGUCAUACUUAUUGGCUCUGCCGUCGUCCAGCAUGGCGUCCAGCAAGAGCCCCUACCUGAUUCUGCCGGGCUCUUCCGCCCACUCCGACUUCCGUCUGAAGCGGUUGGCGCAGGAGAUUGGCGCCACUGAAGUGCGUUCUCUGUGGGCGCACUUUGUUAAUCCUCUGCGCGAGUUGAGCACCACAGAGCUCAGCACUCUGCAGCAGCUUUUGCACUACGGCGAGUACCCAGAUACCCAUGAUCGCCUUUCACAGGUGCUUCUUGACGCCAUCCACCGUGGUGGUGAACCUAGAGACGACAAGACUGCACUCUUCUACAUCUGCCCUCGCGCAGGAACAAUCUCGCCAUGGAGCUCAUUGGCAUCGAUGAUUGCGCGCACCUGUACGCUCGAGAACUCUGUCAAGCGCAUCGAGCGUGGCAUGGUCAUCGCCGCCACUUUCGACCGCCAGCUCAAAGCUGAUGAAAUCCCCAACCGCGACCGCUUAUACGACCGUAUGACCCAGACUAUCGACCGCAACGCACCGAAUCUCGAAGUUAUCUUUGGUGAGAGUGAGCCUGCGCAAGCCACUACCAUCAGCUUCGAUGAGUACACUAGCGCCCAGGCAGCUCUCGAGCAUGCCAACAGCGAGCUUGGUCUGGCCAUGGACAAGUCAGAGAUCGAGUACCUCGUUGAGGCAUAUACGCAAGAGUUGAAGAGGGGCCCUGUAGAUGUGGAGUUGUUCAUGUUUGCUCAGGUCAACUCUGAGCACUGCAGACACAAGCAGUUCAACGCCGACUUCACAGUAGAUGGCAUGCACAAGUCUCACUCCCUCUUUGGCAUGAUCCGCAAUACCCACAAGAAGAACCCAGAGCACGUUGUCAGUGCCUACAGUGACAACGCUGCGGUUCUUAAUGGCGAGGAGGCAAGCUUUUGGGCUCCCAACCAGAAGACUGGCGAGUGGAACGGCAUCAAGGAAACAGUACACAUUCUCUGCAAGGUCGAAACACACAACCAUCCUACAGCUGUUUCGCCGUUUCCCGGUGCCGCGACUGGAUCUGGAGGUGAGAUCAGAGAUGAGGGCGCUGUUGGUCGAGGUUCGAAGCCAAAGGCUGGUCUUGCUGGUUUCACCGUCUCAGACUUGCUGAUAGAGGGUUUCGAACGACCAUGGGAGCUGCGCGAUGUUGGCAAGCCCGCGCACAUUGCUAGCAGUCAGGACAUCAUGCUCGAAGCGCCUCUUGGUAGCGCCCAGUUCAACAACGAGUUCGGCCGUCCCUGCACAAUCGGCUACUUCCGUACCAUGUUGAUGAAGGUCUUCACAAAUGAGAAGGAGUCAGAAAUCCGAGGAUACCACAAGCCCAUCAUGCUGGCAGGUGGAGUUGGCACAGUGAGGCCCCAGCACGCACUGAAGGACCCCGACCUUGUACCCGCUGGAUCUCAUUUGCUCGUCAUUGGCGGCCCUGCCAUGCUGAUUGGUCUUGGAGGUGGCGCUGCAUCCAGUGUACAGUCUGGCGAAGGCAAGGUCGAGCUCGACUUCGCCAGUGUACAGCGAGGAAACCCCGAGGUCCAAAGGCGAGCGCAAGAGGUCAUCGACGCAUGUCGAUCAAUGGGCGAUGAGAACCCCAUUCUGUUCAUCCACGAUGUCGGUGCCGGGGGGCUUUCGAACGCGCUGCCUGAAUUGGUUCACGACUCUGGUCUUGGAGCCAUCUUCGAGUUGCGCGAGGUCGACAACGUCGACAAGAGUAUGAGUCCCCUGCAGAUUUGGUGCUGUGAAGCCCAGGAGCGUUACGUGCUGGCUGUUGGUCCUCAACAGCUCGAAGAGUUCAAGAAGAUCUGUGACCGCGAACGUUGCGGCUAUUCCGUCGUUGGUGUCGCCACGGACGAACAGCGUCUUGUCGUCAAGGACAGAGAUUCCAAGGAGAACCCUACACCCAUCGACCUGCCUAUGUCUACGCUUUUUGGGAAGCCACCGAAGAUGUCCCGUAUUGUCGAGUCGAGAAAACUCAGGCUGCCGCCUUUCGACAGCAGUCUGUCUAUGUACAUCCCAGACGUUCCCAAGGACGGUCUGGUGGCAGAGGCUGUCGACCGUGUCCUCACCCUCCCGUCCGUUGGAUCGAAGAGUUUCCUUAUCACCAUCGGUGACCGCACUGUUGGUGGACUGACGGUUCGUGACCAGAUGGUUGGCAAGUGGCAGGUGCCAGUCUCUGAUGUGUCGGUCACAGCUACAUCACUUAUGUCCGGCGUCAAGACUGGUGAGGCAAUGGCAAUGGGUGAGAAGCCCACCCUGGCUCUCAUCUCAGCCGCAGCGUCUGCCAGGAUGGCUGUUGCCGAGUCUCUAAUGAACAUCGCCGCGGCAAGCCUGUUCGACAGGCUGUCCAGGGUCAGAUUGUCUGCUAACUGGAUGUCAGCCAGCAGCCAUCCUGGUGAGGGUGCAGCGUUAUUCGAGGCUGUCGAGGCUAUCGGCAUGGACCUCUGCCCACGUCUCGGUAUUUCGAUUCCUGUCGGCAAGGACUCGAUGAGCAUGAAGAUGAAGUGGUUUGAGGACGGUAAUUCAAAGGAGGUCACCGCACCAAUGUCGCUCAUCAUCACCGCUUUCGCACCCGUAAACCGUAUCGAUCGAACAUGGACACCUGCCCUGCAGCGCCUCGAAGAUGUCGGCGAGACAAUUCUCAUGUACGUUGACCUUGCAGCGGGCAGGAAGGCGCUUGGUGGUUCGGCCCUCGCCCAGACUUUCGGUCAAGUUGGAGACGAGGCGCCUGACGUUCACGAUGCCGAUAUCAUCAAGGACUACUUCGAUGCGGUGGAACAACUACACGAGUCUGGUAUCGUUCUCGCCUACCACGACAGGUCUGAUGGUGGUCUGUUCACUACGCUCGUUGAAAUGAUGUUUGCUGGCCGAUGUGGUCUGGAAAUAAUGCUUGACGGUGUCGCACAAUCGAGCGAGCCUAAGGAUGUUCUUGAAGCGCUGUUCAACGAAGAGCUUGGUGCUGUCUUCCAGGUUAGGAAGAAGGACGAGAUUGCAUUCAAUCGCUGCUUCGCCACGUGUGGCCCUCCUCCGGGCAUGAUCAAGAAAAUUGGUCGCGUCCCUGGGGCUUCUAAGCAGAGUCUGUCUAUCGCCGUUGGCUCCACAACAGUCUACCGCAACACUCGCUCGAAGCUUCAGCAGAGGUGGGCUGAGACUUCGUACCGCAUGCAGCGCCUGCGCGACAACCCUGAAUGCGCGGAUAGGGAGUAUGCUGCUAUCGUUGACGACCAAGAUCCUGGUCUGUCAUACAAUCUCACCUUCAAGCCGCAAGAGAACAUCCUGCCGCUCAAGGCCAGCAUCUCAUCAGCCUUCACAUCCAAGCCACGUGUUGCCAUUCUGAGAGAAGAAGGUGUCAACGGUCAAAGCGAGAUGGCUUUCGCCUUCCACAUGGCUGGCUUUUUGGCCAUUGAUGUCCACAUGACUGACAUCAUUAAGGGGCGAGUGUCACUUGCUCAGUUUUCUGGCGUCGCAGCCUGUGGUGGUUUCUCCUACGGUGACGUUCUGGGCGCUGGUCAGGGUUGGGCUAAGUCUGUCUUGCUCCACCCUAAUACCCGCAAGGAGUUCAAGACUUUCUUCGAGCGUCCUGAAACAUUCACGCUCGGUGUUUGCAAUGGUUGUCAAUUCUUGUCCAAGCUGAAGGAGCUGAUUCCUGGUGCUGAUGCUUGGCCCACAUUCGAGCGUAACGCGUCCGAACAGUACGAAGCACGUGUCUGCAUGGUCGAGGUCAUAGAUCCUCAGGGCCCCAACAACACGCCCUCCGUAUUCCUCCACGGCAUGCACGGUUCCAAACUGCCCAUCGUCACAGCCCACGGAGAAGGUCGCGCGCACUUUGCCUCGUCUACAACAUCAUCCGUUACACCACAGAACCUCUACAACGAGAACUUGGUAUCAAUGCGAUACGUUGACAACCGCGGCAACCAGACCGAGGCAUACCCCUACAACCCCAACGGGUCACCAAUGGGUAUCACUGGUGUGCGCUCGAAAAGCGGUCGCGUAUUGGCACUCAUGCCUCACCCCGAGCGUACAAUUCUCAAAGAGGUUGCGAGCUAUAUCCCCAAGGAUCAGGCUGCGGAGUGGGAAGAGCUUGGCCCCUGGAGCCGCAUGUUCAAGAGCGCCAGAAGGUGGGUUGGGUAAGCAGCCUGGUUGGACGAGAAUGAACUUUUGCAUUUAAUUUACAUGGCGUUGGUGUGAUAUCCUCCUGAAAAGGACGAAAAUUAGACGAAUGCACGAGCAAUUAGUACCGGCUGUACUUCCCUUCGUUGUUAUUUCUGAUGUUGCCGCAGUUAUCUCAGGGCCCGUGGGGCGCCUGCCGCGGGGUACGGGGGGCGAUUAAGGACAGAGUGCUAAAAAUCAAACAGCGAACA